ACUAUCACAGUGCAACAUUGAGGAGAAAGGCUGCAGCUGCCUGGCCUCGGCUCUGCAGCAGAACUCGGGAAGCCUGAAAGUGUUGGACCUGAGCAUCAACAUGGUCGGAGACAAAGGGACCAAGGAGCUCUACAUAAAAUGUGACAUAUCGCAGCUAACGAAGCUGGAGAUGUACCACUGUGGCCUCACUGUGUUGAGCUGUCAAAAUAUCGGGGAGGCUCUGAAGCACGAAACCAGCUCCCUGGUAGAGCUCAACCUGAGCAACAACCAGUUGAAAGACGCUGGCUUUGCACUCAUCUGCGAGGGCAUGUACGCAUGGUGUAGACUGGAGAAGCUCAAUGUUUCAAGGUGUGGAAUCACUGGCAGGGCUUGCGUUCAUCUUGCCACGGUCCUGUGCUCCCUGUCGCAGCUGUACAAGGGGCUGACGCAGAAGACCGACUGGCAGGCGGUGGAGCUGAGAGAGCUGGACCUCAGCAUGAACUGCCUCGGGGACCAGGGGGUCAGGGAAAUAUCAGCCGGACUGAAGAACCCCUGCAGCCACCUGAGAGCGCUCAACCUGAGUCACUGCAGCCUGACGGAUGACUGCUGUGCAGAGCUGGCCUCGGGCCUGGCCUCUAAGGAGAGCAUCCUCAGCGAGCUGGACCUGUCGGGGAACGACCUGCAGGACAAGGGAGUGAGGAAACUCUGCACGGGAAUCAGAAGCCCUCACUGUAAACUCGAGAAGCUGUCACUGAGGACCUGCGGCCUGACCUCCAGGAGCAUCCAGUUCUUGUCUGCCGCCCUGAAGGCCAACCCCCAACACCUGGCAGAGCUGCAUCUGAUGGGCAACAACCUGGAAAACUCAGGACUCAAAGUGUUGGUGGAGCUGACCAAGAACCAGAAAUACUGCUUGCAUACGAUCGAUGUGUGUGCAGACUGAGGGGAGCUGCUCCAACAUGGACCAAACAUUCAUCACCUGGGGGGGGGGUGAUGCGUGGUGCUGCCAUUCAUUUUGUUAUUAUCUUAACGCAAAAGGCUUUCAGAAAGUGAAUUUCUUUAAAAAACGUGUAGUAUUUUGUGUCAAGAUUGUAUGUUUUUGAAUGCCUUUUUCUGAUGUGCAAUUGUAUGUAGCAAGUUGUCCCUGAAUAGGUGCCUACAGUAUUAUUGUUAUGCUUUUGAAGAAUAUUUUUCACAAAAUAUGAUUUACCAAAAAUGAGAGGGAAAUGUUUAAAAAAUAUAUUUUUCACAUUACACAGAAAUGAGAGUUUAAAGAAUAUUUUACUAAUUUAUUACUAUUUUGUUUGAACGUCUUUUUUUUUUUUAAGCUGCCCUUCACAUUCUAAACUAUAUUUUUUUUCUUAGGUUGAGACAGCAAUGAAUGUAAGAUGAUAAUAUAUGUGAUGUAUCCCAUCAAAUAUGUGCCUACAGUAUUCUUGUUAUGCACUAUUCAGUUAAAUCUUGUGCACUGAUCAAAAUAAAAUGUAAUCUCUGACAGAACAAAGUACUUUUUCACUCUCCGA